UCCGCUGCCGAUGAGCCGUAGGUUCUUUUCGAGAGUCUAUUUUUUGUGUGUAUUUUCAUUAAUUUUUAUCAAAAUUCAAUGAUUUAUUUUAUCAAUUGUUUAUUUUGGAAAGUAAAUUCUGUGAAAAACUCGUCAUCAGUGAUUUCCUGUGCCUAAACGCGAAUAGUUUUUAUUUAUAGAACUUGUUUAUCGAGUACAAUCCGUUUACAGAUUUACAAAAAGUGUAAUACUCCUAACACAAAUGUAGUUCUAUUAGUUUCAAUAUGUGAUUAUCACUAAUGUAAAUAGUUAUUUCCAUAUUAUGUUAUCGUUUACGUUGAUUAUCAAACGUUUCCCUGUGUACGUGUUGUGUAGAUGAGUUCCAAUAUUUUAUUUUCUUUGUGGAUCGUGUUCAAAGACUCUUCAGAGCUCAUCAACUACGCGGUGGACAUAAUAUAAGCCGCCCGCGACCCGCGCCAUGCACGAGCGCCAAACGAUCGACGAAGCUUCGAGCGACGCCCGAUAAAUUCCUAACAAUGACUAGAAUCUCCCGCGAACCUCACAGAUGUGAUAACAGAUACGUAAAUAUAAUUAUUUUAAUAGGAAACGCUUUUGAGAGAACCCACGUUCCUUUAGAUUGUAGUAACGAGCCAAAGCCGGAUGGAGAGUGAUACCCUACGGGGGAGCUAUUUUUUUACGCAACCAAAGCUAGUUUAAGAUGUCUAACAUGCCGAUAUACAGCCAAGUGGUGCCCAAGUCGCAGUACCGGGCGAAAAACUCGAAGAGCGCCGCCCGGGAGGCGCGAGUGCAGAACUCGGGGCGGGACUUCGAUCCCCUGAACUACAACCACGGGGGGAACAUCCAGCUGCUUAACGCCCCCGUGGAGAGCCGGAUAGAGAAGAUGGAGAAGCGGGAGUCGAGGCGGAAGGAGGAGACGAAGGCGAGACGAGGCCAGAUCCGCAAUGAAGCUAAUGAGGGCAAGGUCGAGGCGUACCUGCGCCAGAACCAAGUGAGCAUCCGCCAGCAGCAGCACCGCCACUCCGCCGUGCGCCAGGCUGAGCACAGGGUCAACUUGAGAUCAUUACCCCUGAACGAAGUGAACGCUCGCGGCCAUGACCGAACACCGACGGAGAGGCAUCGGGGGUUUCCCGGAGACAGGGAAAGAAGAGACAACUAUGAUUUUGAUGCGUCCCCGUUGAGUCCCUUAGCUCCGAGAGCCAACGACAAGGAGUCUAGCCGUCCCGUUCGCAAGUCGUCGUCCGCGCAGCGUGUGACAGAGACGACGAUAUCCACCGACAAGCGGCGCUUUUUCUGCAGAGAGUGGGUGUUUCAGAAGAUCGCGCAUUGCCUGGAACAGAGGGCUGUCAGCAAAACUAGCGGGGCGCUUAUAUUAGGUGACGCGGGCAGUGGCAAGACAGCUCUAUGCCAGGAGCUGAGUCAGCCGGGCAGCGGACCGCAGGCGCGGCAGCAGCGCGCGCUCAACAGACGGCUGUUGGCCAGACAUUUUCUGCAGGGUCCGGGCGAGUGCAGCCAGCGGCCGGGCGAGUUCGUGCGGUCGUUGGCGAUGCAGCUGCUAAGUCAUUCCAGCCACGCGCGACCCGCGGAUAGAGAGCACUCGCCCAGGGACGAACCGACAAACAACAGACGUAACUCAGAAGAAGAGCGGUUGAUCCAGAGGUUUCGUGGUCUGGGCGACGACGGUGGGGAGAGCUCCAAGCCUCUGUUGGCGGAUAGCGAAGACCAACGGACGGACGAGGAGGAGUGCGGCGCGAGUGGCGUGCGCACACGCACCAUCGACCGCCUGCACGAGAACGACCACUACCUCGACAUGGCCGACGCCGCGCUCAGCUCUAGUCAGGUGCCAGAAAUCUUGCCAAAAGCAACCGUAAGGCCUACAAACCCAUUUGUGAACAACGAAGAACAAAACGACGUCCGAUUAUACGAAAACCACGAGAAUCUAUUUUUGAGAAAUAUUUCGCAGCGACAAUCCAAAGAACUGAGAAACUCAAGGCUCCUACGUCAGAGCUCCGAGCCCCUGACGGAAAAGAAAACGGCAGUGCUCCAGAAGAGCUUGUCCACUGAUCAAAAAGAGGAGGAGAAACCCAAGACGGAGUGCAGUAGUCCACCUAAGUCUCGAAUACCGGUGGCCAACUUUAGGUAUCCCAAUAAAAACGAUCUUAAACCGAGCUCCGUAGAGAGCUCCCCAAAGAAGUCCGAUAAAGCGUCAGCCGAGGAGACCGAGCUACCGGAGUAUACUAAUCUAGUGCACCCCCCACAAGACGACUUGCAAACUGAUUUAGAGAAGCUUCUAGAAAAAAAGAGGGCGGCCGCGGAAGAUGUUCCCCCGCCUAUUCCGAGUUUGCCCGUCAACCCGAGAACUUUGAUCGCAAACGCUUACUACGAUAAGCUCCUAUCGGAGUCGGAGAUCCAGCAGGCCCUGUUGCCACAAAAUCUAGACAAAAAUCCAGAUGAAUGUUUCAAGAAGGCCAUUCUGUUUCCGCUGCUGGAGAUCGAUCCGCCUAAGCAGUGUUUAUUUUUGCUCGUGGAUGCGAUCGAUGAAGGUGUUACUGGUCCAGUGAGCGAGACGGAGGGCUCGACGUCUGUCGCGGCUCUGCUGGCGCGCCAUCAACACCUGUUGCCGCAUUGGCUGCUGCUGCUGGCGACGGCGCGCAGACACUCGCGCGCGCUCACUAAAAUGUUUACUGGGUUCCGUAAGAUAACCCUAGACGAGCUGCAGCGCGCGCACGUGUCGGCUGACGUGCAGCGUUACGUGCUCGCGCGCCUCGACACCGAGCCGAGACUGAGGGCGCGUGUGUCGAGCGACUCAGCAGCAGCCGCCGCAGCCGCCGCCGCGCUUGACCAUCUGCGUAUCAAAAGCGACGGCUGUCUACUGUACUUGGAGAAGGUGCUAGACGGCGUGGCGGACGGUUUUAUAGCCCUGCGUGAGAUCCGCGAGAUACCGGGCACGCUCAACGGUUUAUACCUGUGGUUAGCGCAGCGCCUGUUUCACGGAAGACGGUUUACCAAGGUCCGUCUGCUGCUCGACGUGAUGCUGGCGGCGCGGUGCGGCGUGACGGAGGAGAUGCUGUACAAGUGCCUCCUCACCAAGGAGUACAGUGUCACCCGCGAGGACUUCAACCGCCGACUGCAUCUGUUGCGACGGAUACUAGUAAUGGAGCGGUCGACGGGCUACCUGUCUCUGUUCCACCACUCGUUCGCGGCGUGGCUGGGCGACGUGAAGCAUUGCACGCGCCGCUAUUUAUGCUGCCCUGCGGACGGACACGCCGCCCUUGCUAUGUAUUAUACGCUCACUGCUAAGAGAUUGUCUGCGCUGGAGAUACAUUACUACGUGUAUCACAUGACAAGUCUCGAACAACAUUUGACCGCACAAAAGAAGAAUAAAACAAGUGACACUGAAGACCCUCUGGAUCUCCAUACACUAAUACUUCUAUGGGUGUUGGACUCUGGCUGUGAUGUGGAGGCCGCAUUACGUCGAGAGACCGACGCCGCACGGCAGCUCCGAGUCACCACAGUACAGAAUGAAGACUCAAAAUCAGAGAAGGACAUCGAUCCAGAAUCAGAAGGAAAAGAAUCACUUUCCUUGGAGCCGUCGACGUUGGAGAGUAUAAUGCCGGAGCUGACCGGCGGCGCGGACCGCUGGCCGCGCGACCGCCGCGUGCUGCGCGCGCUGCUCGAGCUCAGCCGCGCCGACUCGCGCACCGACCCCGACCCCGACCCUGACCCCGACCCCGACGACAUCAAUGACCUCUUGUCGACGGAGCCGGCUAUGGAGAGCGAGGACAACGGCGACGGCAGCGGUGACGGCGACGGCAGCGGCGACGGCGACGGCGAGGUCGCGCUCGACGCCGCCGCGCUGCUCGACCUCGCGAGCCGCGGGGACGACGACACGCUCAUAGCACUGCUGAAGCGCUGGCCGGAACUAGCUCGCGUGGCGGACGGCGCGGGCGUGACGGCGCUACACGCGGCUGCGCGUGCGGGCCGGCCCGCCGCUGCGGCUGCGUUACUCCGUGCGGGCGCGACGCCUGCUGCCGCGGACGCUGAUGGGUGGAGCCCGCUGCGCGCUGCGGCGUGGGCGGGGCAUACUGAGGUCGUAGACGUUCUACUGGAACACGGCUGUGAUGUGGACUGCGUAGACGCCGAUAACCGGACCGCAUUGCGUGCUGCGGCGUGGUCGGGCCACGAGGCGGUAGUAGCGCGUCUGUUAGCGGGUGGCGCAGCGGCAGACCGUGCGGACGCGGAGGGCCGCACGCCGCUCAUGGCCGCCGCCUACAUGGGCCACGCCGACAUCGUGCGACUGCUGCUCGAUGCCGGUGCCGAUCCUAAUCAUGCGGAUGAGGAUGGUCGCACGGCGUUAGCGGUGGCGGCGCUAUGCGGUGCGGGCGCGGCGUGCGCGGCGCUACUGCUCGAGCGCGGCGCGGACGUGCACCGCGCGGAUCGUGACCGCGCGACACCGCUACUAGUCGCCGCGUUUGAGGGCCACACUGAGAUCUGCGAGCUGCUGCUGGAAGCUGAAGCGGACGUGGAGGCAGCGGAUGCCGCCGGACGGACGGCGCUGUGGGCGGCGGCGUCCGCAGGCCACGCCCCCGCCGUCCGCCUGCUGCUGUUCUGGGGCGCGUGCGUCGAUAACAUGGAUGCUGAGGGCCGCACCGUGCUCAGCACCGCAGCUGCGCAGGGUAAUGUGGAGGUGGUAUGCCAGCUACUAGACCGUGGGCUGGACGAACAUCAUCGUGACAACUCCGGAUGGACGCCGCUGCACUACGCUGCUUUUGAAGGGCACAUAGAAGUGUGCGAGGCGCUUCUCGAGGCCGGCGCCAAAGUUGACGAAGCGGACAACGACGGCAAGGGGCCGCUGAUGCUGGCGGCGCAGGAGGGCCACACGCGCCUCGUCGAGACACUCGUCGACAACUACGCCGCGCCCGUCGACCAGCGGGCGCACGAUGGGAAGACAGCCUUGAGGUUGGCAGCCCUGGAGGGUCACUUCGAGACGGUGACGGCGCUGCACCGGCGCGGCGCAGACGUGGACGCGCUGGACGCGGACCGCCGCAGCACGUUGUACGUCCUUGCGCUCGACAACCGGCUCGCCAUGGCGCGGCAUCUGUUAGCGUGCGGCGCGAGCGUGCACGCCGCUGACACUGAGGGUCGAACACCUUUGCACGUAUCAGCCUGGCAAGGACACACAGAAAUGGUUAACUUACUCAUCAAAGUUGGUGGCGCCACAGUAGACGGUCGUGAUCGCUGCGCCCGCACUGCGCUACACGCGGCCGCAUGGCGCGGACGCACGGCGGCGUUGCGGGCGUUACUAGCGCACGGCGCCGCCCCCGCGCCAGUGUGCACGCAGGGAGCCACGCCUCUCGGUAUAGCGGCACAGGAGGGCCACGAAGAGUGCGUACUGUGGUUGCUGCAGCACGGCGCCGACCCGCUACAAGCUGAUCAUUGUGGUCGCACACCCGCGAAGGUGGCGUGGCGCGCGGGUCACGCGAAUAUCUGCCGUCUGUUGGAACGGUGGGCGGCGCCCUCCGCGCCUGCCCCGCCUAUGGAAGAGCUACGCCCACCUAGAUCAGGUUCGCCGGACUACAAGCGGCGGAGUGUUCACAGCUCCAACUCAACCAAGUCGUCGUCCAACAUGACGGGCGGCUCCAACCGCUCGCACGACGUCGACGACGCGCAGGAUAAGGCACGCAGCGCUGCGAGUCUGUCGUUCGCACAGCAGGUGGCUCGCUGCGGCCGCUCCCGGCGCGAGCGCGACCGCGAACACGAACCGAUACCCGAGCACAGCGCGCUGCAUAACGACGCCAAUAGGAGUUACAUAGCGAACGAGCGAGACAGCGAGCUGGGCGGGUACGCGCGGGAGCGGGACAGGCGGCGCGAGCAGCGGCACGGCGCGGCCAGCCCGCUGUACGCGUCCCCGCCCCGCAGCCCCGCCAGCAGCCCCGAACACACCCCCGCGUGCGCCGAUAGCUUAGUGUCAGCGGGCGCGCCGCAGCCCGCGGUGCAGGCGGACACGCACUUCAACCGCGACACCCACAUGCGCAUCAUACUCGGCCGCGACAGCAAGCAGCCAGAGAAAAGCGACAGUAGCGAGAUGGUUUUGGCGACGCGGCUCGCAUACGCUAGAAUAGUCGGCAGCUUGGGGCGAGCGAGAGGCAGGAUUUUUAAGAAAACCAAGAGCAAGCGGAACGGCAUCGUCACCAACCCCGCCAUGCGGCUCGUUGCCAAUGUCAGGAACGGACUCGAUAACGCAGCGGCAAAUAUUCGCCGCACCGGUGUGGCGCUAGCCGCCAGCGCCAGUUCCGCCAAUCCCGCGGUCAAAACCAAUGCCUUUCAAUGGAGGAAAGAGACGCCGCUAUAAAGACAGAGAUAGAUUGCUUACGGCUUUAAACGUGUUGAAUGCUACGCUUAAAUGUGCUAUUGUAAGUAGAUUUAAGUGAUUAGGUACAGAAUUGGGAACGCACUUCGAUUUUUGGAGCUAUUUCACGGGUGUGCUUUAGAUUCGUCUUUGCGUCCGUGUGUACUAUUAGUUGCAUACAUGCUGUCCACAGUGCUAUUAGUUGCAUUUCUAGUAUCAACUUUAGGGUUCGUAAAACGUCAUAAAACAAGUUAAUUAUGAUAAUAAUGAACAGUGUACGAAAUUAAAAUAUAAGACACAGUCCUGUAAAAUUAACCGCAAAACUUUGGUUGUCAUAUUAUAACACUAUUUAGGAUCAAACUAACAGCAAUCGCUUAACCAUGUAACUUUCCCCUUAAUUUGGUAACUUAAUUCCAUGUAGUUAUUUCCAGUAUAAGUACGUCACAAUCAUUUGAAUUAUCAAAAUACGUUACAUGUGAGAAUUAUUUAAGGGACUACGAAAAUAAUAUGUUAAAUAUUUUACAAACGAUAUUAUGAUAGAUAUAAACGAACAAAGUUAAUUUAAGCAAACUCAAUACAACAAUAAUAUA